UUGUUUCAAUUUUCUUAACAAGCUGAGUCGGCCGGGUUACCAAACUGUAACCCGUACCUGAGAAAGGACAUGGACCACUCCAAAGGUGUUAACUUCGCCGUGGCCGGAGUCAGCGUCCUGCCCAAGGCUCAGCGCGACAAGUUUGGUAGCCACUUGAAGUACUCUCAAAGCUCCCUGGACGUGCAGCUCCAGUGGUUCGUCAAUUUCUCAAGGGAAGCAUUCCCCAACGAAUCAGCCCGCAAGGCCAACUUCGAAUCGGCGCUGUUCGUUCUAGGAGGCGGAGGGAACGAUUACGGCGGCUUUAAGAAUACACCCCAGGAGAGGAUGACCCUCAUCCCCUACGUGAUUGCCGCCCUCAAACAAGGAAUGGAACUCGUACCUUGACAUGCACAACAAGCAUGUGCAGAAGCUGGUUCUUGAACUUGGAAAGGAGUACCCUCAAGUCCAUCUUGCUUAUGGCAACAUGUGGGACGGAAUCCGGUGGAUGUUUGACAACUUCCGAUCCCUUGGGUUGCACAUAAGCUACGCAAGAUGUUGUGGAACUGAGGAGCACCGAGUUUGUGGUGACACCGGUACCCCCUUCUGCAAAGACCCGUACCACUACAUAUGGUGGGACAACUUGCAUUUCACGGAUUGAUCCUACAAGCUCAUCGCGAGCAAGGUGAUCCCAUGGAUGUACCGUGAUCUACAAUGUGCUACCUAUAACUCUACAAGCUUCAGAUCGGGUGGAGUUCGUGUUGUUGACAGCAUCCAUCAGCAUCUCCUGUUCUCAUUUGCUGUAAUGAUGGUUAUCUUCCUUUUUUUUGUUUUAUGAGAUGUGAAGACAUUGGGCAUGAUUUGACUCUUUAAGUUUGGCUUAUAUUGGACUUUUAAGUACUUGUUGUCAUGUAAUAUGGAUCGUGGUUAUCUGUCUGUAGUUUGAUUGAGUCGGAAGUGUUGGGUUAUGAUCGAGUUAAUUUCAAUGGCAUUCAUGUGAAGUAAGGGAGUUA